CCCUUAUCUCCAUACACAGCAGCAGCAGAUCUUCUCCCCUUUCCCCAAUAGAACGCAACACCCAUGGUUUCCCCCUUCUCCAUAAACAAAGAAACAGAAAACAAAGAAAGAAGAGAUCGGAGGGGAACGCAGAGGGAAGCAGGGGAGGAAGAGAGGCACGGGCUAGCACCGGCGGGCCUCGCUGUCACCCAUGGAGCCGCGAGCUGCGCCCAGUCGCCGUCAGGGUCACCGCGUCGUCGCCCUUGCCAUCUCCGAACGAGAAGCACGAUGGAGCUCCGUUUCUGCUUCCCUAGUCCGCCGUGAGUGAACGACACUGGGAGAGAGGGGCGCGCGCGAAGGAGCUCGACCGCGAGGAGAAGGGCGUCGCGCCUGCCACAAGCUCGUCCAAGCCGAUCUGCUGCCGCCGUCACUGUAACCGCGCCAUCGCCAUUCCCUGAAGCCCGUGUCGCCGUCGAGCCCAAACGAGAGGAGAGACCGGGCCUGAACCUCGAUGAGCUGGGGAGAACCAGCGCCGCCGCUAUGCCGUCGUCGUGGACACCACCGCCUCCGUCGGAACGGCCGUCACCAUUGCCACCAUCCAAGCUCGCCGUUGCUGGUGAUGGCAAGCUGAACCACAGUCAAAAGAGGGUUCAGACUGCCGCAGGUGUCGCUGCCGGAGAAUGGAGCUGCGCCUCUGUGUUUCUGACCGCCGGGAGUGGUUCUAUGACUUCCCGGACCACCGCUGGAGCUUCGGGCCGAGCCUCUGUCGUCGGAAAAAUCUCGCUGCCGUCGCCGGAGAACUCUUCCGUUAAUCCACCGGAGCUUCUGGCCACCGCCGGAGCUGUUGCUGCUGCCGGUUCGAAAUCAGAACUGCUUCAUGUUGUUAUUCCGUGUUGCUAUGGUUAUUGCGAACGUGACUGGGAGCUGAGGUUUUGGUUGCCGUCAGUUCGGGUUGAGGCGGAAAGGACUCUGUGAGACAUUUGGAUUAUGGAAUUGCGUUUUGAGGAUAUGGGUGCAAAAGUUACGAAGAGUUUAUUUAGUUAUUGAAAUGUUCUGUAUUGAUGUAGAUUAUUUAUUGUACCCUCGUCUUUAUCUUGAUAUAUUUCUGUAAGAGGGAUAGGGAUUGUAUUGGUUAAUGCUUGUAAUAAUACUUAUAUAUAUGUAUGUACUCCUUAUGAGUUGUUGUAAGUUGAAUGGUUUUUAUGGAGGUACGUUAUCGAACGAAAGUAUUUUUG